UUAGAACGUUUUGCCUGCAAAAGAUAAUUAAUCAAUCUGCCUCGAUCUCAACAAUAUGUCGAGUGAAAGAGGGAAGGAUAUAGCGGAAGGACCAUCAAGGGUUAAUCCCGGUGAUCAACAGCUGCCCCCAACACCGAGCCGCUAUGAGUCACAGAAGAGAAGGGACUGGAAUACUUUCGGGCAGUACCUGAAGAACCAGAGGCCCCCAGUUCCUCUUUCUCAGUGCAACUGUAACCAUGUGCUGGACUUCCUUCGAUAUCUGGAUCAGUUCGGAAAGACCAAGGUUCACCUGCAGGGAUGCAUGUUCUAUGGACAGCCUGAACCGCCUGCUCCUUGCACAUGUCCCCUUAGGCAAGCCUGGGGCAGCCUCGAUGCUCUAAUUGGGAGACUUCGAGCUGCUUAUGAAGAGAAUGGAGGGUCACCUGAGACCAACCCUUUUGCCAGCGGUGCUAUUCGGGUUUAUCUCAGAGAGGUCAGGGAGUGUCAAGCCAAGGCAAGGGGGAUCCCUUAUAAGAAGAAAAAGAAGAAGCCGCAUCAAGGCAAGGGAGGUGAUGAAUCCAGCUCCACCAUUCACUUCUCUUAAUCUUUGGACGAUAUAUGGGAUUACAUGAGAAAAAGAAUCAAACGGAAGGGAAUAUAAUAUGAUAAAAUCCAUCGAAGAUUCAGCUCAGUUUGGGGGUUUCGGCCUUCUUUAAUAGUAUUUUUCCUUUUUGGUAUUUGGCAAUAGCUAUAAUGAUGGGAUCAGUUGGUUGUACAUAACUCUCUUGAUCAGUUUCUACUUUGUUUCCGUUUUCUCUUUUCAUGAAUGUCCAUUUUAUGUCUAAGCUUCCUACGCAAAACAUUCAUAUCGUAUUGAUAAUAAUUGAUCAUUUUAGUCGUAAA